CGCACGGGUCCUGGUCGCCUGGGAAACCGCGUGACAACAAGAUGGCGGCGCCGCGGGAAGGCUCGGCGGCCCUGCGUGCUAAAAUCUAGAAGUAGAACUAUGAGCUCACCUUUGGCCUCCCUUGGCAAGACCCGAAGAGUCCCCCUGGAGUCAGAGCCUGUGAAUCCAGGGAGGCGAGGGAUAAAAAUCUACGGAGAUGAAAAUGAGGUGGACAUGCUGAAUGACGGACAUGGUUCAGAAGAAAGGAUCUCUGUCCCUUCCUGCUAUGGAGGUAUAGGUGCUCCUGUGAGUAGGCAAGUGCCUGUACUCCGUGACUCGGAGCUGGUGGCCACCCUGUCGAGGAAGUUGCGGGACCUGGAGCAGCAAGUGAAAACUCAGACUGAUGAUCUGGUGUCCAAGGAUCGGAAGAUACGGGCUCUGGAGGAAGUCUUGAAGACCCUCCAGGAGCGCCAGAGCAAGGUAUCCCUGGAGCGGCAGCAGCAGCUGGAGAGAACGUGCUUGCAGUUGCAGCGGCAGGUCGGGGAGAUGGAGCGGUUCCUCAGUGACUACGGGCUGCAGUGGGUGGGUGAGCCCGCCGCCUCCGACGAGGACUCAGAAGACCAGUCAGACUCAGAGGAUGGCAACAGGGACUGGAUGACAACCAAGAAGUUCUGGAAACCAGGAGACUCACUGGCACCCCCCGAGGUGGACUUUGACAGGCUCCUGGCCAGCCUGAAGGAUCUCAGUGAGCUGGUGGCAGACGGUGAAACUCAGGUGACACCAGUGCCCGGUGGAGCACGGCUCCGUGUCCUUGAGCCCAUCCCACUGAAGAUCUAUCGGAAUGGCCUCAUGAUGUUCGAUGGGCCCUUCCGGCCCUUCCAUGAUCCCUCCACACAGCGCUGCCUCCGAGACAUUCUGGAUGGCUUCUUCCCCUCAGAGCUCCAGCGGCUGUACCCUGAUGGGGUCCCCUUCAAGAGGCUCCUGAAGCCAUCUGAUUGGUGUGGAAGGAAGUGCCACGGGGGCAAAUGUGGGCCUGAAGGACAUGGCAUGAGCCAUCCCCCUGCUGGCAGGGGUGAGGUCAGUGAUCUUCGAAAUCAGGUCUAUCCAGAGAACAGGCUUGACCUGUUCCCAGGUGAGGGCCGCGUGGUGGGCUGGCAGAGGAUUCACAGGCCCGUGGACAGGAUGGAGCACCCAGGCUCCAGGAUGACUGUUGAGAAGUUUCUGAACAGGCUCCCCAAGUGUGUGAUCCGGCAAGGCGAGGUGAUUGACAUUCGGGGACCCAUCCGGGACACCCUGCAGAGCUGCUGCCCAUUGCCUGCCCGGAUCCAAGAGAUCGUGGUGGAGACACCAGCCCUGGCUGCUGAGCGUGAGAGGAGCCAGGAGUCCCCCGAGUCACCGGUGCCCCUGCUCUCCAUGCUGCGCAUAAAGUCUGAGAACGGUGAGGAGGCUUUCCUGCUGAUGAUGCGUCCCGAGGACACUGUAGGCGAUGUGCGCACCCUCCUUGCACAGGCCAGGGCCGUGGACGCCACAACCUUCGAGAUCAUCAGUACAUUUCCACCCACGGUCUACCACGAUGACACGGUCACGCUGCAGGCCGCAGGCCUGGUGCCCAAUGCAGCGCUGCUGCUUCGGGCGAGCCGGACCCCACCGCCUGCCCCAGGCCCCAGCCCUGAAUCCAAAUAAAGCUCCCGCUUCAACGAUG